AUGUCUCACACCAUUUUGCUAGUCCAGCCCACCGAGAGGCCAGAAGGCAGAAUGUCUGCUGACUAUGAAUCUGUGAAUGAGUGCAUGGAAGGUGUUUGUAAACUGUACAAAGAACAUCUGAAGAGAAUGAACCCCAGCAGCCCCUCUAUCACAGACUAUAUCAGUCAAUUGUUUGAUUUUAUUGAUGAUCUGGCAGACGCCAGCUGCCCUGUUUACCGAGCUGAUACCCAGACAUACCAGCCUUACGACAAAGACUGGAUUAAAGAAAUCUAUGUGCUUCUUUGUCUUCAGGCCCAGCAGGAUGGGAAAUAA